UCAGAGACGACUAGGGCCCGAGAUCGAAGAAAUUUUCUUCAAUUCUUCUCUUACCCUUUUGUAUUUUAAUCAUGUUUCUUCUCAACUCUUAGAUGUUGAACACAACCAUCAGGAGCUAAAUUUAUUGGCUUAGGGCUUUAAUGGAAUGUAAGGUUUAUUCAUAAUUCGUGAAUUUACUUGCUUGUCUAUUGAAUCAAAUGGGGAAGUUUAGGGAGUGAAGUGGACCGGAAUACAACGUUAGGGGCCGAAUGAAAAUUCGCUCGAGCCCCAAAUCUUUCUCCCGUCUCUUUGGAACGUUAAACCCUGAUUAAACCCUAAUCAAGCUGAACGCCGUGAAGAACUCUGUGACCGGAGAUUUGAUCGGAAAUGAGGGAAGAAUCCGAUUCGGAAGCGCUCGUCAUGGAACCCUUCGAGCUCAGCUAUUCUGAUCUGGUGAUUCUGUCCUCAACCGGCCCUACAGAUGAUCCUUCUUCGUCAGCAUCGGAGGAAGAGAUCCUCAGGUGGGACUCUAUGAGGCGAAGCGUAAUGGAGUCUCUAGGACCAGACGGCCCUGGACUGCUUGCUGUCAGCGGGGUCCCCGGUGUCUCCUUCCUCCGGCGGAGGCUCCAGUUCGCCGCCCGGGAGCUUGCCCUUCUCGAUCCUGAACGCCGGAAGCGCAUCCUCAAGGAGCAAUGCUUGGGGAGUGAUGUUCCACUAAAAGAUCCAGACCGAAGAGUCUCCUCCUUUGCUAUGCAACUGAGAUACGCAGAAGGUGUGGCGAAUUCUCGGAGCAAAGCAAACAAUGAAUUGAAUCGAGUGGCUAGUUUAGAAAAUGGCGAUCUUAACAUGAAUAAGUCGAUGAAAUUUCAGGAUGAUGAAUACGAUCACCUUGGAAAUUCUUUAAAGGAGCUGGGUUUUGUAAUGAUGGACCUGGGAAUCUGUCUUGCCCGAAUUUGUGAUUCGGCCAUCGGGGGCCAUGAGCUGGAGCAGAGUCUGAUGGAAUCUUCAAGUGCAAAAGGGCGACUUAUUCAUUACCAUUCCAGGAUAGAGAAUCUUGUUCUAAAGCAAAGUGGGAAAAAGUCAGGAAUCAAUAAGGGUAGAGUCGCUAGCAAGAAAAAUUUAAAACGGGACUCUAUGAAGAGGGGUGACUCGACACAUUGUGAGGCCAAAGCAUGUUGUGUAAGCUCCAACCUGUGGCAGCAAUGGCAUUAUGAUUAUGGUAUCUUCACAGUUCUGACAGCUCCUAUGUUUCUUUCAUCUGUUUUACCACAAGAAGCGAGGGAAGAUGAUCGAGGGGCUGCUACUUGUGUUCAAGAAUGUCCUUACCCAGGGGGGCACACACAUUUGCAAAUUCUCGAUGCCAAGAAGGGUAAAGUUUUCAUGGUGAAGACAUCUUCUGAAAGCUUCAUAAUCCAGCCUGCUUGGACGAAAAUUUUCACUCUUUCAGGUUACCCAAUGGAUCAGUUAGUUUUUGAUUGUGAGGACACUGAGUCAUCUAAUGAUGGAUGUCGUCUCACCCAACAAGAUGGGAGAGAUCUGAUAGACAGAAUUUCGAGAAUUAUCCCCUCACUCAUGUCACGGUUGAAAGAUGGAAUGUCUUUUGCUGAAUUUUCACGGGAAACUACCAAGCAAUACUAUGGCGGCAGCGGCUUGCAGGCAAAUCAAUAGCUUUCAUGUCUGUUCUGCAUGAUCUGGGAAUUUUUGGUGGGCAUUGAGGAGGCGGGAGCACAACUUCCCUCGAUGCUCGACUUCGACUUCGAGCCCACGAGGAUGACGGCUAUGAUGAGGUUGCAGAAGCAGAAGACAAAGAGAGAACUCGAAGCCGCCUGAGAGAUGACCUCAACCGCGGAGUCCAACAUGACUUCUCGACUGAACCGGAGCGCAAAGAAGAAGAACCGGGAUCUGCAGAGGGAGGAAAAAUGCGGGUUCUCGAGCUCUGCAGGUCUUUGGAGAGGUAUCUAUCAACUAUCAACCCUUUUAAAGCCUUAAUGUUUAGAUGGCAGGAAGAGUGGAGGGGAAGACAUUUUUGGAGGAAUAAGCAAAGCUGUUGACUCGGAUGGUGAUGAUGAUGAUGAGGUGUGGUGUGAAAGCUACUAACUACCGAACAUAUAUGUCUUUGCUGCUUUGUUUAGUUGUUAACCGAUGAUUAUUGUUAGUUUAAUGCAUUGAGGUGUGUUGGUGAAGCUUCUUGACAGCAACGGUUUGGGGCCCACUCCUCUGAUUUCUUAAGUAGAAAGUCGUCCUCCCAACCUCUACCAAACUGCGGCCUCACAUGGGAGCUGGUCCUAAUAGCCUGCCGGUUUUCGAUGCGAUAUGGUAGCAUGGCUCGAUAAUGUUACAUACGAAGAAUCUAUGCUUUUGCUUGAAAGUUGUCGAUGGUAGUCGAUGUUUAAGGGGGAAUUUUCAAUCCUACAUUGGGCAUCUCUUUUCUACUUUUUUUCAUGUAAUGUAGUGUUUAAGCAAAGCCUACAUGUAUUUACAUAUAUAUGAAAUUAGUCUCCUACAAAUGCGAUGUCA